CUUGCAAUACCGGGCGAGACCGAUGACGAGAAGAAGCGCGAAACUUCUGAUAUUCGUACAAGAAAAGCUGUGUGUGACGUAGAAUUUGAUACGCGCGACAGUGCUAAGGCUUCUGGUUCUACCAAUAAUCAAGAGCCAGAGGAACUAUAUUUUCUACGCUAUAUAAGGCGACANAAGGAAAAGAUAAUUGAAAAAAUUUGGGGUAAACGUAAGGAGAAGAGCGAACACGAAGAGAUUGAGGAGAUAGAGGCAGAAGUAGGAGAAACGGAAACGACCACGGAGGACAGGCGAAUGGAUAUAGUAGACUCCUGGGAUUUCAUUCCACAUGGAAUGCUAAUAAGAAGCGGCUUGUUAUGUUUUCAAUGUCUUUUUAGAAUGUAUGGAGUACCUUUACUCAUAAUUGCGAAAAAUUUUGUACGUUUACUCCUAUUUCAACCUUCUGAGUUGUAUGAGGAUUUCGAGGAAUUCCAAAAGGAGCAAUAUGUUUUGUGUAGUUUUUUCGGUCUUCCAUUCGAAGAUGAGAGACUUUUCCUAUCUUCUUUGUAUGACGGUAUUCAGAUACAAAUAAUUAUGCCUUUCCGUUUGCGACCUUGGAACACAGGAUUACAGCGCCAGGACAAAGAAAAUAUU